GAUGAUGACGAAUGCGUUUCCUCUGUCUUGGUCGACCCUCGCAGUCUGCACUGGAUUGGCAAAGGUCUAAAGACGGACAGUCACGCAUGGCUGUUUCGGAGCUUGCAUCUUGACUUUCUACCACCAACAGCAACCAAAAAAUGUCGCGUUUUCUCAAAGAGCCCCUUACCGCAUCCAUUGUUGGAUGUCCAUUCAGUGGUGGUCAACCUCGUCCCGGCGUUGAUCAAGGCCCUAUUCAUCUCGUAGAGGCCGGUCUAAUCGAGCAACUCUCCGGCCUGGGCUGGAAAGUCCAAUUCGACGGCCACCACCAAUUCGAGGAGAUCAACGCUGCUGCCGACCCGCCCAUUGGCAAACUCAAGAACCCCAGACUUGUGUCGCGGGUCAGUGAAGCUGUGGCCAAAGCCGUUGGUGGCCAUGCCAAGAAGGGCGAGCUUCCCGUUACUCUCGGCGGUGAUCACUCCCUUGCGAUGGGGACUAUUUCCGGCACACUCGAGGCAUACCCCGAGGCCUGUGUUGUCUGGAUUGACGCCCACGCUGAUAUCAACACCGUCGAAACCACCGACUCUGGCAACAUUCAUGGAAUGCCCGUCUCCUUCCUCCUGGGCAUCGGCAGCGCGGUCCCUGAAUUUUCAUGGGUCAAGCCGCUCCUCAAAUCCGAGCGCAUAGUCUACAUUGGCCUGCGCGACGUCGAUGCGGGCGAAAAACGCAUUCUGAAAGAGAACAACAUCAAGGCGUUCAGCAUGCACGAGGUCGACAAAUAUGGCAUUGGCAAAGUUGUGGAGAUGGCGUUAGACCAUGUCAACCCGAAGCGCGACCGCCCCAUCCACCUGAGUUUCGACGUAGAUGCUUUAGACCCUUCAGUUGCACCCUCAACCGGAACACCUGUCAGAGGCGGGCUGACGUUUAGAGAGGGCCACUUUAUUUGCGAGGAGAUAUGGUCUUCCGGACUACUUGUUGCCCUCGAUCUUAUGGAAGUGAACCCGUCUCUCGCUGAUGCUGCCAGCGUCCAACAGACCGUUGCGAUUGGUUGCUCGUUGGUGCGGUCGGCGUUGGGUGAGACUUUGCUGUAG